UUUCAUUUUCCUGUUGAAAACAUUGUCUGUUUAAUGCCAUUAACUACUCAUUUUUAUGGGCCUUGAUUUCUUGCUCCGUUUUUGUUGGGGAUGUCUUCAGGUUUAGCUUUAAAUUUGUAAUCUUUAUGGAUUUAUUGCUUUGCGAUUUUGCCUGGUUCUUUGAUUCGGAUUGUUAGGGAUAUGGUAUACCUUUCUUCCAGCUUAUUAUCGUUGAGGAUGAUUCGCUCCUUCCCUAUUCUUUAAUCUGGGUCAGUGCGAGACGAUUUUCUCCCUUAAAAAAACUCAAAGCUGCUUCCUUUCUUUUCAAAAACCAUUGCAUAUGAUGUAAGGUGGGGCGGAUAAAGGGAUUUCUGCAAAUCCUUCUGUUUCUGUUGUUCCUAUUCUUGAUCUAUCAUGUUUUUUGAGCCUUUAGUUGGUGUUUGGUGAAUUAAGUUCCUCUUGGGUCAUUCUGUACCUCUGGUUCUUCCUUUACAUGUUUCUCUCUUGACUACAUGGAUCCCCUUCUUGUCCUUCUGUAAAUGGAAGUUCUUUCUUCGUUUUCUUGAUAAUGUGGUUUCCAACGAUAUGAUGGUCGAUCUUUCUAGUACAUUGUUUCUGGCUUGAAGAAAGAUACAGAUGGAUGGAAGCGAGAUCCGGUGCUGGGACGAGCUAAUACCAGAUGCACUCGGGUUAAUCUUCAGCAAUCUAUCUCUCAAGGAUAAAUUAACUGUGAUUCCGAGGAUUUGCAAAUCAUGGAGGAAAGCAGUAAUGGGGCCUUACUGCUGGCAAGAGAUCGACAUUGAGGAGUGGAGCUGCCGAAGACAGCCUGAGGAGCUGGAUCGAAUGCUUCAAAUGUUGAUCACCAGAAGCUCUGGUUCUCCCCGGAAGCUCUGCGUCUGUGAUAUACCCAACGACGCCAUAUUCUCCUUCAUCGCAGACCAUGCUGGUUCCCUUCAGACCUUGCAGCUGCCAAGAAGCAAGAUUAGUGAUUCAAUAGUGGAACAGGUUGCAGGGAAAAUGUCUGCCAUCACUGUCUUGGACCUUACCUACUGUGGUAAGAUUGGUGCCCGUGCUCUGGAAGCAUUUGGCAAGAACUGCAAAUUGCUUGUAGGCUUGAGAAGGAAUAUGCACCCAUCGGAUGUUGGAUUAUAUAAGUUUUGCCAGGACGAUGAAGCCCACGCCAUUGCAGCCACAAUGCCCAAGCUCAAGCACCUUGAGAUAGCCUACAUGCUCAUCACAACUGAAGGGAUCCUUGACAUUCUUUCAGGCUGCCGAGAACUCGAAUCCUUGGAUGUGAGAGGUUGCUGGAAUGUGAAACUUGAUGAGAAGUUCCUCGAUGAGAAAUGCUCUGGUUUGAAGGUUUUAGGCCCUUCAAUCAUGGAUUCUUUGGAUGAUAGCUCUGAUUACUCGGAUUCUUCGGGUUACUCUGCCUGGAUGUUUAGUACUGAUCAACUGUAUGAUGGUGAGAGCUCUGAUGGGGUUUGGGACGACGAGCAGAGGCUUGAGGAGCUGGAGCUGAGGUUCUAUGAAGGGUUUGAUGAGGAAGAUGAUUAUGGCGAAGAGUUUGAGUAGUCCCUGUAUCCAUUAGUUUCAGCUUGGAAGAGUGUUUGAUGUCUGGGUCUGGAAACUGGAUCAAUAGAUUUUACCUUGAACUUUUUUUACUGGUGUUGUUACUACUGUUUUAGGUGCGACCCUUGGCAUGGAAAUUGGAAUGGAACAUUUCUUAGGCUUUGGGGAUUUGUAUAUGUUCCUAGAACAGUAAAAGGUUGUGGGGUUUGUAUCUUUUUCAUUCCUUGAAAACAAUGACAACUCCAUUCUCCCAUCUCCA